CUCCCCGGCCACCCCCUCCAGCCUGCAAGCCUCCUCCGUCUCCCUCUCCCCGGACCCGGAUUCCGUGCUAGCAGCUACCCAACUAGUACAAAAAAUUAUUCACGCGGAAUGCCACACUACUUUUAACCGGAGAAAAUAGGCAGUAUGUGUCUUUAGAGACGAGGAAAGUACCCAGUCUGGGACCAGAGCGCAUAACUUUGUUUUGGCCCGAGCCAACCGGCCCGCCGUGGGGCGCAUCGAGGGCAGGCCGAUCGGACCAGAAGAUGUGGAUCUGGUACCUUCUGCUUGGUUCUGGGUCGGGCUCAAGCAUCGUCGAGGGCCAGCUGCUGCCCGGGAACAACUUCACCACCGAGUGCAACAUUCCCGGGAACUUCAUGUGCGGGGACGGCAGGUGUGUCCCUGGCGGAUGGCAGUGUGACGGCACCCCGGACUGCCUGGACCGAAGCGACGAGAAGGGUUGCCCCAAGGUGCGGUCAAAGUGCGCCCCCACCUUCUUCGCCUGCGCCAACGGCAUCUUCUGCAUCAUCGGACGCUUCCGCUGCAACGGGUUCGCCGACUGUCCGGACCGGAGCGACGAGGACAACUGCACAGCCAACCCCCUGGUGUGCUCGGAGUCUCGCUUCAAGUGUCGCAACGGCCGCUGUGUGGACCGCAGCUUCCUGUGCAACAGUGAGGACAACUGCCAGGAUAACAGCGACGAGGAGGACUGCCUGACCACAGCAGUAGCCCCUGGACAGGACUUUGUGACCCUGGACUACCGCCUGCGCUACUAUCCCAGCAUCACCUACGCCGUCAUCGGCAGCGCGGUCAUCUUCGUCCUGGUGGUGGCGCUGUUGGCCCUGGUGCUGCACCACCAGCGGAAGAGGAGCGUGCUGCUGCCCCGCGGCGGGCGGAGCGGCUCGCACCACCACCACCACCACCACCACCACCAGCCCCUGCUGCUGUCCCGACUGGUCAUCCUGGACCGCGGGCACGUCGGAACCGGAGGCCCAGGAGGCCCGGCCCAGACCCCCCGCUCGCCUAGCGGGGCAGCCCGCUUCACGCAGGCCCCGGCUCAGGGACUACAGAUGCUUUCCGGGGCCCUGUAUCCUUCCCGGGCCUCGCUGGACUCUCCUCCGUCGUACUCCCAGGCGGUGUUGGACGUCAGCCGGCCCCCAUGGUUUGACCUACCACCUCCCCCCUACCUUGAAGGCGGAGAUCUGCCCUCAGACGGGGAGCUGCCUGAGUACCAGGACCACCUCCCGCCCAGUGAACCCCUCUCUGCUCCCUCCCCAGCAAGAACCCUCCCCCCUGGUCCUCCCCCUGAUGGGGGCUCCCCCGAAGGGCCGGGCCGGUUGUAGCGGCUUCCCAUGUCUAUCGCUCUCCGUCUAGAUACUGUGGGACGGGCAGAAGAUCGGAGAGUUACCCGCCUUUUGAAUAAUAAGUGCACCGGUGUCCUGCUGUGUGCAAGGGGGCGGGCCGGGGUGUCCCGUCAUCCAAUCGGGUCGCAGGGACAGAACACUUCACGGGUUUUGCCCAGGUACCGCCUCAGUGACUGAGGAGCUGGACGGGAGUCAUGUUCUGUGUGUUGCUGCCCUCUGGUGGUGUUUUUACUGUCUCAAGCUCAUCCUUAUUGUUCUCUGUGUAGUUUUGUGAGGCUUACUUCAUCGAUAACAUAAUAACCAGCACCUGCAUUUCCAAACCAGUAUGGAGAUAAACCUGGAGAUAAAAAAAUUCAUGGUGACGUCAUAGGGUCCUCGGAUGCUAUUAAUCACAGUCAGCCGGUUUUAAACGUAGCCUACAUUGAUGUAAUAAUGCUAAUAUCGAGUCUUGUCAUAAAAAUGUCAAGCAUCCCAAGCAUUUCAAGUCGUGGAUUUAAGGAUUGUUUCCUUAACAAUCCCUCGUUUCACAAAGACGGUGCUCACUUUACGAUCUGGUAUAAGCUGUUGGCCGCGGGCCGCAGAUAACCGAAUUAAGGUAGUCCGGAUGAACCGUUAACGGUUCAUCCGGACCAUUCUAACCAGCAAUCAACUCGUAUUUGACGCCCCAUUGCUGUCUGGGUUCGAUGUUUGUAGAUGAGGAAGGUUCUGUAUAUAUUUGCCUUAGUCGACUGAAAUGGUUACACUGUAGAACAUGAAUACGUGUGCUGUAUCUGUGUCGGCCUGACUUUGUGUUAUGUUGAGCAGCUGUUGCUGUGAAGCGUUUCUCAGAAGAUAAUAAUAUUAUUUUUUAUCACUUCCGUUAUUAAACAAUAUUGAAGUGUGGUAGAAGCCUAGUGGUUUGAAGAUAUGUGAGUAUAGGACCAGAUGUUAGAGUUUUAACAGACUAAUAAUGACCAUGAAUCCAUCUAUUUGUGUAUUUGUGUCGAGCAGCCAGUUUUAAAAGUCAUUCCUGUGUGUCAAAGAAAGAAACAUUAUAAAUAUGUUGAAGAAAGCAGGAGGAAUUGUGGUCCGUCUGUACACCGUUGAGUGGUAAAACUCUUGUACAUUCAGUUAAUACAGAGCAUUUAAUUAAUCCUCUGGGAAAUGGUUACGCAAUCAUUUUAACCACAAUUCACCAUAAAACCCAACUUCAACUUUUACAUUAUCUAUAUAACAUACUGCGUCUUCUCCUUUAGGAAAACUAACUCCUGCGUGAAUAUUGACUGAAACUCCUUCUGAAGGAUUGAUAUGCAUAAAUAUACGUAAUACGUAAAUGUAAUUAUUUCUCCUUAUGGGAUGCCCCUCACCUUGUUCCCAUAGGGAGAGACCAGCCUAAGAGAACUGACCGCUGAUGUAUUUUCUUUGUGCCUUUGCCAACAAAUUUAAUUCUGGCACCAAAAAAUAUAUAUAAUAAACCAAAGAUAAUCAUAAUUAAUCAGCCUUUGUUCCCCAGGUUGAAUGGUAACCUUUUCACUAUUGAAAAGUGUAACAUUGAUGCCUAUUGUUGUAUUACAAUUGUAUCAUAGUAUAACCGGAUACGUAAACUUAGGACAAAAUGUCUGCCCGGUUAUUCCGAUUUUUUUUGAAUUCACAAGAUCCACUGUGUAUGAAGACAUUUAUUUAGCAGUUAUUAACACUGUGCACUUUGUACUUCGAAAGUAAUAUAGGAAGUUUAUCCCUGUUCAGUGUUAUCUUUCCAUGAUCUUUUUAAAGUAAUAAAGUAUAUACGUUUUUCUUUCUAUUAUAUUGUCUCUUGUACAAAUGCGUCCACAUCAGUUAACUGAUCUUUUGCACCAGCAGAGGGCGCUCUUUCUCUAUCGGUCUACUAGGUCUGAUCCAGCCUUUAUUUGGGAUGCUAUUGGACUCCUCGUAGUGGGCCUCUUUAUGUUUACAAAGCGGUAGCUCAAGGACCAAUCACCGUUCACUAUUUGGUGUUCAGAAGUGUAAGAUAGCAACGGUAAAAAUAACUAUUCAUAACAAAAAUAAUAACUCUGAUUGAUCUACU